GCCAAAUGUGCAUAUGUCAUCAUGGUCAUGGCUGUGUACUGGUGCACUGAAGUCAUCCCACUGGCGGUUACUUCUCUCAUGCCUGUUGUAUUUUUCCCUCUGCUUGGAGUUCAGGACUCUAGAACAGUGUGCUUGCAGUACUUAAAGGAAACAAACAUGCUUUUCAUUGGGGGGCUUAUUGUCGCAAUUGCUGUUGAACAGUGGAAUCUCCACAAAAGGAUUGCGCUGAAGGUCCUGCUGAUUCUUGGGGUGAAACCUGCAUUCCUCAUGUUGGGAUUCAUGGGAGUCACUGCCUUCCUGUCCAUGUGGAUAAGCAACACAGCCACCACUGCUAUGAUGGUUCCCAUUGUGCAGGCUGUCUUGGACCAAAUGGACAAUGCAGAGCAGGAUCUCAGAAUGACAGAAGCAGCCAGCGGGCAAAUUAAUGCAGUGAUUGAGUUGGAGGAAAAGGACACAUCUGAUCCCACUUCAGUGCAGGUCAUAAGCAAUGGACAAGUCCCUGAUGACCCCACAUCUUCUGAGGAAAAGGAAAUGAAGAAACGUAUAUGUAAGGGAAUGACACUUUGUAUAUGUUAUGCUGCCAGCAUUGGAGGAACUGCAACGCUCACUGGAACAGGGCCAAAUCUUGUGUUGAAAGGCCAAAUUAAUCAGUUGUACCCCAACAACAAUGAUGUCGUGAAUUUUGCUUCCUGGUUUGGGUUUGCAUUCCCAAACAUGCUUCUGAUGUUGAUACUAGCUUGGCUUUGGCUACAGUGCUCUUUCAUGGGCCUCAACUUUAAAAAAAGCUGGGGCUGCAGAACAGAGAAAACUGCUAAAGAAAAAGCUGCGUACAAUGUGCUGAAGGCAGAAAUGAAGAAAUUAGGCCCUAUCUCUUAUGCUGAAUUCAAUAUCAUUGUGAUAUUUGUUUUGCUAGUUCUGUUAUGGUUUAGCAGACACCCAGGCUUUAUAACAGGCUGGGCCUCAAGACUCUUCCCAAAAGGAGAAAAGUUUGUCAGUGAUGCCACUGUUGCUGUUUUUAUUGCCCUGCUACUAUUCAUCCUUCCUGCCAGUAAACCCAAAUUCAUGAAAUGGAAUCAAAGCAGUUCUGACCCUGAGGAGGCUGAAGAAGAUUUGACAAAGCCAUUUUUAUCAGCCCCGCUGCUAGAGUGGAAUGCAGUUCAGAGGAAGAUGCCUUGGAGCGUUGUGCUGCUGCUGGGAGGAGGCUUCGCUUUGGCCGAUGCAAGCGCAGACUCUGGGCUCUCAGCUUGGUUGGGUCAGCAGAUGACUACGCUAGGAUCUGUCCCACCAUGGGCCAUUGCUGUAAUAAUUUCAUUUGCUAUAGCUGUCUUCACCGAAUGCACCAGUAAUGUUGCCACUGCCACUCUCUUCCUUCCUAUUUUUUCGUCCUUGGCCACAUCUAUCAAGAUCAAUCCUUUGUAUGUUAUGCUGCCUGCUACUCUCAGUGCGUCCUUUGCUUUCAUGUUACCUGUUGCAACACCUCCAAAUGCAAUAGUGUUCUCCUACGGCCACAUCCGUGUUUUGGAUAUGGUUAAAUCUGGAAUAGUGAUGAACAUCAUUGGAGUCUUCUGUGUCACACUGGCCAUCAACACAUGGGGAAGGCCUUUAUUUGACCUGGACACAUUCCCAACCUGGGCAAACAACACGCUAAGCAGUGAGCAGUGAAGAAUGCACACAUCAGACAAGGAAAGGACUCUUUAUCCUACUCCCCAUUGCCUGAAGACCUGUAGAGAGUCUUGUCACCACUUUAGAUCCAGGGCUAGAUG